UCUCUUGCCAUCGCCCGAGGGGCCUCCGUCUGUGACCUGACGCAGUGCCAGUGUCUGCUCUCUCCGCGGGAAACAGAGGUGGUUUGCCACUGUGAGGAACACGAGAUGCUGACGCUGUCGCUAACGGCGCUGCCGCAGGACGUGCAUAGCCUGAGUGUAACCGGGUGCGCCUCUCUGGUCCUGUCAGGCUCCCUCGCCGGGCUGCCUCUGCGGGCGAUCACUGUUAAGAGCGUAAAGGACCUGCGGAUCCCUGCCCACUCCUUCCUGGGAGGCCUGGAUCAAAUUGCUACAGUGACCGUCGAGGACUCGUCCAUCACUGCCAUUCCGAGCUUCAGUUUCAGCGCCCUGGACAGCAUGUUCAGCAUCCUAUUUAACAGGGUGGCAAUCGACACGAUCUCGAGCGAUGCUUUCUCCGACCUGAUGCACCUUCGGUACCUGAGGUUUUUCAAUUGUGACAUAGGCAAGAUUGAACGCAACGCCUUUGGUCGUGGGACAAGUAAAAUCGCAAAUUUUGCAUUCGACGAGUGCGAGAUAGGAAACAUACAAGAGCGAGGGCUCUGGCUGGACGACGCUGAAAUUGUUCAAAUCGAUAAGAGCUCCAUUGAUAAAGUAGUCGUCAACAGUAUCAGACUGAACAACGCCUUCUUCUUUUAUCUGACGAGAAGCGCAAUUCGUCACUACGAGGCAGGAGGGAUUGAGGGCAGGAUCUUCAGCGGUGUUAUGAUUGACAACAACUUCCUGAACCCCGUCCCCGUUGGCCCCGGCGAGCCUCGACCGCUGUUCCAACUCAGGGACUCUCGGCUGCGCGGCAGCUCCGUCCCGCCCUUCUUCCAUCUGACCAACAACGUGAUCACAAGUGUAGUCCCGAGCCACGCCUUCUUCCGUACCAACCCGACCAUCAACGUCGCCGUCCCUAACAACACCCUCGGGGAAUGUUCCUGCACGCACUACAGAGGCUUCCUUCGCUCCCUUCACCCUGUCCUGGACGACUACACGCUCACCGUCCACCAGGCGUUCGUGGAACACGGGCUUUGCCUCGUGGGAGAGAAAGUCUAUAGCAUCGGGUGCCCUCAUCUCGCUCCCCUUGCGCUUUCAGGGACAAUUCCGAAAAAUUUCUUGGUCCCUUCAAGAGAAUUGGCGCUCAGAAUUUCAAAAGAAACGGCAGCCAAGGUAUCAGGAACCACGCCGGAAAGGUCCUCCACGGUAAGAGACACGACACCUAAGCCGCUCUCACCGAGACUCAUGGCACGACCUACAAUUAGACCUGAUGAACCAGCAGAUAUUCGGCCACUUCCUACCACCAUUGCGAAGCCCACUGCCACCACAGCCAUUGCCAGAGGCACAAGUCCAUUCACAAGACCUGAGAAUCAGCGCUUGAAAGCGAAAACCAAUACAAUAUCAGUUUUUGGAAUGAGGAAAGCGGCCCGAGUUUCCGAAAAUGUUACUAAAGACUCAGAACUUUUAACUUUUCCAAGAGCAGGAAAUGGACCAUCUAAUGCAGUCGGCCACACGCCCUCUUACGCAGAAGAGGGUCUGAAUGGUCUGGACCUUCAGACCAUUUGGAAUGAGAUAUACGGUGGAGUUUUCUCGCUCAGAUUCCGUAAACCUUUGCCGGAGAGUUUCCCAAGCGGGGAGUCAGGCAUAAAGUUCAGUAGAAAUGUCAAGCCGAUCGAACUACACAGAUUUCACGGAGGAAAACUUGCCGUCUCCCCGCGGUAGCUUCAUCGCUUGCCAUUCUAUCAGAAGGGAUUUCUGGGACAAUGACUUUGUUGACAAAACAGAAACUGAACUGCAACUUCUGUCUUUAUCCUAUGACUGUGCUUUAAUCUGCCCAAAAAUCGCGACUCAAUGAAGGGUAAUUAUUUAUCAUCUUCAUAUUUAUAUUUUCGUAUAUGAAAAAUUAAA